UCAUAAAUUGGUAUGUGAUUGCUAUUUGAAUGUCAAUAUGUCAAUGAUUUGCCGGAUGCAAGCGUGGAUGUUUAGUUCAAUGCCCUAAUUGCAUGCAGUUGCGCACCUAUAUAUUCAUCUAAAAGCGAUGUCACGCAUUGUUUCCGACUUCGUAUUUGAAUGUCCACGAUACAAGAGAAAGGAAAAGGCAGAGCUCUAGACAUCAACGAGUCGGCCGUUUUAGAUGGUGUUCAAGGAGCUCGAGUGAUUAAUUUAUGAAUAAUAUACGGACGAACUGUGUCUAUAACUGGCAAAGGAGCAGUCUUGCUUCAUUACAAAAAUGUUACUAACGUCAGGUAAUGGUAAUUUGAUGCAACAAGGUCGUGGGCCUGUAAUUGUAAUAAAAUCGAAGAACUUCUAAAAGUCGAGUGUUGGAUAUAUGCGACCAGCUAUUUGUGAAAUUGUUGGAUUCGUAGUAUACGAUGAAAAAGACAAGACGAAAAUUUAAUUGGUGUUCAUGUUCUGGGAUACGCUCUGAAAGUCAUCCCGUCAAUAAUUUGAAAACGUCGAUAAAACAGUUCUUUAGCCGCAAAAGGCAUAAAGAUGAGCUAGAAUCGUGGCCGAUUUCUCCCGUUUUACACAAUGAGGAAGUGAACGGUCGAGAAAAGGAAAAGGCGCAUAAAAACUUCCAAAGGCGAUUAAAAGAUUGUAGCUGGUACUUCGAAUCGACAAGAACACCUUGGUUUGAAAUAAGCGAGCCGAAUGAUGGCAAUAACGCAGACAAGAGGACCGAGUGUUUUUCUGAAGACAAUUGUGAUUGCAUUUUGGUCACGUGUUAUCAAAGUGUCACGUCAACACACCCCACCAAUUCGGUAUGUAGCUCACUUGGAGACAGGCUUAGCAUUUGGUCCGCUUAUAGAGCUUCGGGGACUUCCAGGACCUCUACGGAAGACGAAAAAUCGUUCUACGAUAACUUAUGUCAAUUUUGUAAGGUCACCAGUCUCGAACGACGUGCUAGAAAGUACGCUGAAUGGAGACGACGCUUUAGCGCAAAGCUAGCCGAGGUUCGGUCCCAGGACGAUGGGGAUUCGCAGCAAUGUACAUGCGCAAUGGGACACUUGACAUUCAUGGAAUGGAAAAAACUUUAUGAAAUGGACGAUUUAACAAAGCUCUCAAAAACGGAUCAUGAUCACAAAUCCGAUUCAAAUUCGGACUGUGGUAUUGAUAAGUUCGAUAUACAAUUAAACAAAGGGCAAAAAAUAUCACCGUCUUGUUCGGUUAACAAUUGCCAUGCCCACAAAUCAAAAGGACCAUUGGAUUACGCGCCACACAAAUCAGACUUAUACUUGGAUUACGGUACAAAUAAAUCCGACAAGCAUUCAGAUUAUGGAACACACAAAUCAAAGUGCAGUAGCAGCACAGGUUUCCCAAGUUUGACCGUGAAAAGUUCCUCACUGGGCUACAACAGUCUGUCAUCACUUCUAUACACUGAACAAGAUCGUGGAAGUGACUCUAGUUACACGCCAUCUGCAUCAUCGGAAUAUGAAGACACUUCUCAAGAGAACAGCUGUAUAAAUGCACCAGCAGACAAAACACGCAUGCGUAAUACAUCACUCGUGAUUCGUGGAACGUCUUGUGAAGAUGAGGACGAUGCCGUUUUCGGUGCAUCGAUGAAAAACUUGCGCAAUUCAAGAAGAAGAAGAAGGCGGAAGGUAAAGAAACCAAAUCCAGUUCAAAUCACAGCUGAUUUCCACAAAGAGUGUUCUUCUUCACCGAGUGUGAAAAUUCUGAAAAAUAGGGAAGGCAAGGUAGAAAAUGCUGUAAAUCUUGGUGAAACAGACGACAGCAGUGCCGUUUCCAUCUGUUCGGAGAAUGUAGCAAAGAUACCAAAAGAAAACGAUGAGACAUUUCCACCUGAUUUGCUCUCGGAAUUCUUAAACAUCGCGCGCACGAUUGACGAAUUUUAUGAAAGCAUACACAACAAAAAUUUUUUAGAAAAUCGAGCGCAGAAAACAUCCCGCGACAAGAUGAAUGACAAUCAUCUAUCUCGUGAAAAUGUUGACGACGUUGCUCGGGCAGCAAGUGACUUUGGAACGACGUCCAGCAGUGGCGUUCACAUGACGUCAAAGGAAAGCAUAGCCGACCAAUCCGGAAGCGAGAAUUUUUCAUUCGAGUUCAGAAACAGAAUUCGCAGUUUAGAACGACUAUGCUCCUUUGCCGAAUACAGUGAAGAAGGGGAAUCAUCACAGCCGGCAGCAAGCGCUUCGGAGGACCUGACUCAACACUCAGUCUGGAAACUUAGCCAACAAAGCAUUAAUUUGACGUUGUCACGUAGGAGCCGUUCGAGAACCAGUAGCGAGUCAGCAAGCAGUAGAAGUCGGGUCACCUCUUCGAACGGGUCAGGUUCGGGAAAUAGUCGUUGUUCAACGCGGCAGAGUAAUUAUAAACCUUCCAAAUCUGACGUGACAUCAACAGAAAACCUGGAAUCAGGCGAAUCAGUUUUUUCCAGCUCAUUAACACUGCCAAAAUCUACUGACUCUUGCCAACUAGGGACAAAAUGGAGCGGAAGUAUGCAAUGGGAUUAUUCAGACUGGGAGUUUUACUACGGAAUAAGGUCACGUGAAAAUGACCAGGGAACCUCUAUAGAGCAAUUAGGGACAAUUGACGAAGCGCUUCCACAAGAUCCACUGGAUUGGGACUGGUGAUACGUAUAGAGGAUUAAUUUGAGAGAAGAUUAGAUUGGUUAUAACAGAAGGAGAAAUCAUCUCUAUGGGAGUUGCUGAUGAAAGAGAAUUCACCACAAGAGGCUAGCGAUAUGACGACGCGCAUCCAUUUUCAAAGUCAUGGGACUAGGGACUAGUGAUGACACAGGGGCUGAAUUGAUCAAGUUCGUGGUCGGGGGUAUUCACAAAAUAGAUUAUAGUUUAAAAAAUUGUCCGAGAGAAAGUCCAUUAUGAAUUUAAGUUAUGUACUUCGAGAUUGUAAAUAAUUUAUAGAAAGUAAUGAUCGUAAGACAAAAAAUAUUUAUAUUUAAUAUGAAUAUUUAAACUUGUGAGCGAAACGGCGAUUCGAAAAAUUCCGUAAAAUAGCCAAUGAUAUCGUUGACAAUCCAAUCAUCAAUUAAAUUUAUGUAACUUUAAAACAAA